AUGCCAGGGACACAGCUUGGCAGGGAGGCAGAGAGCUGUAUCUCUGCUGAGGGUGGUCUGUCUAAGGGGAACUGUAUCUCUGCUGGGGGUGGUCUGUCUAAGGGGAACUGUAUCUCUGCUGGGGGUGGUCUGUCUAAAGGGAACUGUAUCUCUGCUGAGGGUGGUCUGUCUAAGGGGAACUGUAUCUCUGCUGAGAGUGGUCUGUCUAAGGGGAACUGUAUCUCUGCUGAGAGUGGUCUGUCUAAGGGGAACUGUAUCUCUGCUGAGCGUGGUCUGUCUAAGGGGAACUGUAUCUCUGCUGGGGGUGGUCUGUCUAAGGGGAACUGUAUCUCUGCUGAGGGGGGUCUGUCUAAGGGGAACUGUAUCUCUGCUGAGGGUGGUCUGUCUAAGGGGAACUGUAUCUCUGCUGGGGGUGGUCUGUCUAAGGGGAACUGUAUCUCUGCUGGGGGUGGUCUGUCUAAGGGGAACUGUAUCUCUGCUGAGAGUGGUCUGUCUAAGGGGAACUGUAUCUCUGCUGAGGGUGGUCUGUCUAAGGGGAACUGUAUCUCUGCUGAGAGUGGUCUGUCUAAGGGGAACUGUAUCUCUGCUGAGGGUGGUCUGUCUAAGGGGAACUGUAUCUCUGCUGGGGGUGGUCUGUCUAAGGGGAACUGUAUCUCUGCUGAGAGUGGUCUGUCUAAGGGGAACUGUAUCUCUGCUGAGGGUGGUCUGUCUAAGGGGAACUGUAUCUCUGCUGGGGGUGGUCUGUCUAAGGGGAACUGUAUCUCUGCUGGGGGUGGUCUGUCUAAGGGGAACUGUAUCUCUGCUGAGAGUGGUCUGUCUAAGGGGAACUGUAUCUCUGCUGAGGGUGGUCUGUCUAAGGGGAACUGUAUCUCUGCUGAGAGUGGUCUGUCUAAGGGGAACUGUAUCUCUGCUGAGGGUGGUCUGUCUAAGGGGAACUGUAUCUCUGCUGGGGGUGGUCUGUCUAAGGGGAACUGUAUCUCUGCUGAGAGUGGUCUGUCUAAGGGGAACUGUAUCUCUGCUGAGGGUGGUCUGUCUAAGGGGAACUGUAUCUCUGCUGGGGGUGGUCUGUCUAAGGGGAACUGA